UAAUCUAAUGGCGUAAGAUAAUUUGUUUUCGUUGUCACCUUUCCUAUUUGUCUCCUACAAAUUUAGUUCAUAUCCAAGCCCUUGCUCCUCCUCUUCCUGUUUACCCGUCUGGAAGGGUGAAACAUAUUCCCAGCUGUUUUCAAGAUUCAAUAUUGUCCACCUCUUAUUGAAAUUCACGUUCCAGAACGCACAUUAAUAUUUACAAUUCACAGGCACGCACGUACUGUAUAAUACACAGGUAGAUACACGCACAUAGGAAAAAAGGCGAGUCAUAAAGUUCAUUCCAGCGAUGUCGAAUAUAUUCUCUUUACGGAACAUGUUGUUUCAACAGAGUGAAACAAUCGAAUAUGCGAGAAUAUCGGAAAAUAUCAUGCUGAAGAAUCAUCUCCACGUGGCGUACAUGCGCACAACAUGAAGCGAUCCGCUAUUACGUUUCAUUAUUCGCAGACCGCUGUGCGCUUUAAUUUUUACGUGUAUUAUCGCUCGCAAAUCCUCCCGGCGAUUCGACAGAUUGCAAGUUUGCAUUUUUAAAGCGACAGCGACUUUCCCUAUGACCCCGCACGGUCUCCAGUAAUAUAAAAUUCAACGGGACAUGCACUAGUAGUUCGCUUCUUAUCCUACAACAAUUUCUUUCCUCAAAUAAUCACCCAAGCGAUUGUUGUAUAUUACCGUGUGCCUCGCGUAUAAUAGUUUUCGACCGGUAAUUGCAGUCGGACGCUAGUCGUUUCGGGCAUAAGCGACACUUUGUUCCCGCUGCCUCUGGGAUGUCAAUUAGCUCUACGUAGAAAGUGUUUUUUUACGGUACAGUAUAGCGCUCAGCUAAGCUCUGAGAGAUUUUGCGCGACCACGUGACUUGUAGACGCGCCGAAUCAGGGAAGGUUCACGACGAAAUAAAGCUACGAAGUGCCACGAAAACAGUAUUUCAGAAGUGAGCUUGUAGCUGUGGCAAUUAUCAGAAUUAAUUAUCAGGUGGUGCGAAUGUAGAGGAAGCCCAGGAAAGAGAAAUAAUGUUACCUACGAGUACCAUCGACGGCCCGAUGGGAUUUACUCUACGGUUGAUCGGUAUCUGGCCGGACUGCUUGUGCAAAAAUUUGCUGCCUAUUCUUUGGACCAUAGUGAUGUUGGCUUCGCAAAUUUUUCAAUAUUGGUAUCUUUUCACCCACAUUGGCUCUGACACCUUGAAUGACCUUGCACACUCUUUGAGUCUGUGCUUCUCGAACAGCCUGCUGUUUCUGAAGUUGAACAUUCUUUGGUGGAACAGACGUAUUAUUUUCGACAUUUUUGCGACAAUGGCCGAAGACUGGAACAUAUGUACAUCGAUUAAUUUAAAGACUAAAAUGAUAAACAAAGCAAUUUUGUCCCAUCGAUUUUCGAAAUGCAUCAUUGGUGCGUAUACGAUGCCUCUACUAUUAUUAGGGGCAACUAAUAUACUGAUUCAGAAGAGCGCGAGCUUUGAUCAAGCCGAUGAGGAAAGGCAGCUUUUCAUUCAAAUGAAUCUGCCGUUCGUGUACAGCGUGUCGCCGACUUACGAAAUUGUCAUGGUCACUCAAUUUCUUCUGCAAUACACAUUAGCGCUCAUGGCGGGAAUGUUGAACGUUUUUAUUGUGACAUUAAUCCUCCAUAUUGCCGGUCAGAUCGAGAUAAUGUGUCAGAGAUUGCUGGAAAUAUUGGUAGCCGAAGAUGAGUAUGAAUCGCACAUAGCUACAUUGAGAGCUCUCGUGAUCAAACAUCAAAGGAUUAUUAUAUUUGCGGACAAUAUCGAGAAUGUGUUCUGCUAUGCGGCGCUAUUACAGUUUUUGUCAAAUACGCUCGUUAUUUGCUUUUUAGGAUUCUGGAUUGUAACUUCGCUCGAUUCCAACGGAGUACUGAUGACGGCCAUCUCUUAUUACGUCAUCGUGAUCAUGGAAGCGUUUAUACUUUGUUAUAGUGGCGAAUACUUAAGCUCGAAGAGCAGGUCCCUAACUGAGUCCGCAUACGCGUCGCUCUGGUACGAAUUGAAACCUGCUCAGAGCAGAAUGCUGAUGUUGUUGAUACUGAGAUCGCAGAAGCAGUUGACAGUGACAGCUGGCAAAUUCGUCGAUUUAUCUCUGGAGAGUUUCACAAGCAUCAUAAAAGCAUCUGCGUCUUACGUGUCAGUGUUACACGCCAUGUACUGAAACACAAAGCUGUCAAGUGUGAAAUGCAACUUGACAAUAUAUCCCUGAAAUGAAAGUUUUAAUUAGUCUUUAAUUAGGAAAGUAGGAGAAAUUAUAAAACAAUUUUUAAGAGAA